UUCUAAACAUUUGCAUUGAAAACGAUGUGUUGUGUGUUUAUAACCUUAUCAUUUUAACGAGUUAUCAUCCUGUGUCAUAGUGUUUUAGAACUGUAAUAGGGGGAUUUAACGGUAAAAUACUGUAUUUACAACUCGACGAACUACAGAUUCCUCACGAAUCGGUUUCAUAUCACGACGAAGAACCGUUAACGUAAAGUUUACAAAACUCGACGUUAACUUUUAACCAUUACUAGAGACUGUAUCCCCCUUCUCUCGUGGAGAGGACAAGGGUUUGGGGAUAAGAAUAUGGUAGAAAAAACGGCGAUGCCUUUGUCAGAUAAUGGUAUGCAAGGACAAGGGACAUGCUCGGAUAUUAUUCCACUAGACUGCUAUGCUCGGCGACCAGGUAUGGAAGUAGACGAUCAACCAUGGAUGUGUGCUGGCUGUGGUAUGAGGAUUUGUGAUCGGUUUUACCUCAUGGCUGUCGAUAAACAAUGGCAUGUGCAAUGUUUAAAAUGCAGUGAUUGUAAACUACCUCUUGAUUCUGAAUUAACCUGUUUCGCCCGUGAUGGCAACAUAUACUGUAAAGAGGAUUACUACAGACGAUUUGGAGUGAAGAGAUGUGCUAGAUGUCAUCUUGGUAUUGCUGCUAAUGAACUUGUUAUGAGAGCCCGAGAUGUUGUUUAUCAUUUAUCCUGCUUUACGUGUAAUUCGUGUAAUAGACCUUUAACUACCGGUGAACAAUUCGGUAUGAAAGACCAUCUUGUGUAUUGUAGAACGGACUAUGAAAUGAUAUUUCAAGGUGACUAUUUAUCAAACAUGUCACUAGGACUAGGGGGCCAUCACCACAGUCCAACUUUACCAUAUUAUAACGGGGUCGGAGCAGUUCAAAAAGGACGACCACGAAAACGAAAAAGUCCGUGUCCGGAAAUGGACGGAUGUCCACAAGGCAUGGGUUUGGGACCAUUAGAUAAUGGCGAGAGACCAGGGGAGGUUUUGGAUCGAGAAUCAUAUCACAGUCAAGGUUCCAGACAGAAAAGAGUUAGAACAUCAUUUAAACAUCACCAAUUGAGAACAAUGAAAUCAUACUUCGCUUUAAAUCACAAUCCAGACGCCAAAGACUUAAAACAGCUCGCUCAAAAAACGGGCUUAAAUAAACGAGUUUUACAAGUGUGGUUUCAAAAUGCAAGAGCAAAAUAUCGACGAAAUGUGUUAAAACAAGAUCCUGAUAAUAAAAAUGGCACCGCGCCAGGUUCCCCAUCUGAUGACAAGUGCACAGACUCUCAAUCUAUUGAUGACAUGUCUAAAAAUCAAUCUCCGGCAGUCUCCGAUAUUAGUUCCUCCCCCUCUCUCUCUGACCUCCACACACCCUCCCUAGACGCUGAUCAAAACAGUAACAGCAUUUCUGAUAUAUUCAGCAGUUCGAUCGGUGCGCUUAAUUAAGACAGUGUGAACUACGAGUGAUUAUAUUUCUUCGUGUAUUGAUGUAUAAACUAAGUGACGUCACAACGUACCAUAAUACACAUUACAAUGUGUAUAGCAAAAAGUCGUUUUAAUUUAAAGAGCUGGUCGAAUAUAACAAAAAACUAAUGACCUAUCGACAAAACACUGACCCUUCUAAAUGAUUGGAUAGAGGAAUCCAAGACUAGUGACAUCAAAGCACAUUAUAAAUCCCCAUGUUUAUGACUGAAAGUCGUAGUGGUUCCAGUUUUAAUGGAAGCCAGAAGACGAAGAAGCAAGGAUAAAACAAUAUAAAUGAUAUUAUAUAUAUACAUUAUUUAUGUGUCCUCAAACCGGACUAAAUUGUCUAUUUUACGAUUAUGAAUAUGAUUAUUAAUUAAUAUUAUUUUAUUUGUUUUAAAGUCUGGUGGUCAACGUGUAUCAAAGGUCGUUAGUAUUGUCAAAUAGUGUAAAUUUCUUAUAUACCGACUUUUAUAUGAAGACCCUGUACCCCAGUCUCUAGUGUUCAAACGAUUAUAUAUAUAUUUUUUUUAAAUUACCCAGUUAAACGUACAUAAAUUUGCGGAUAUGGGAUAACAAUUCCUUUAAGCACAUAUUUUUAUUCAAAGUGCUGUUUUAAGGUGGUCAUUUUAGAAACUCCAAACCGGUUACGAAACCGAUUAAUCAAAACCUAACGGAAUACUCGUUUGAGCACUACUGUACCCUUUCGUUUACAAAAUACAAUGUAUUGCAUAGAACAGUACUGAAUGUAAAGAUACUCAUUAUACCAUGUACAGACAAAACCAUUCCAAUUAGUGUUAACUCUUGUUGGAAGAUGAAACCAUUUUUGUAUACAUAUUAUAUAGAUGUUCAACUUCAUUAUUUUUAAUAUUGUGUUAUUUUGACUACUGCAUAAUAAACAUCGAGUUAGAUUUUGUGUUCAUUUGUAUAUGAAACCAUAAUGUCAGCUUUAGUUUCCAGUAUUUCAACCGAAAUAUCUUUUUAUUUAAAUAUUAUAUCAGCUCGUCUUGUAAUAUGUAGUUCGAAUUUUAGUUCUGAAAUGCGUGAUUUUGUACAGUGCAAUGUCAUCUGCGUCGCUAUAAAAUAAAACUGGUGUCAGAACACCACCUUGCGAAACUCUAAAUUUGUGCACUGUAUUAAAAGUCUACCUAUUGCUAUCAUGCCUUUAGUUACAAAUUUAUCUAAUUCUAGCAGCACACUGAUGGAACAGGAAAAGAACAAUUUUAAAUAUUUUUUGUUUAAACGGAAGAGAAAAAAUGAUCAUGUUUAUACUUAAAUAUAUUUAUAUAAUGUUUUGACCAAGAAUGAUAUUUUGAAUCUGUUUUAUUCUCUAAAUGCAUUUCCGUAUAUUUUUUCACAAGGAAGGAAUUUUGUAUUAAAACAAUGAAUUGUAAUAAUAACAUAAUUAAUUUUCUUUUGGUAUAACGCAUAAUAUCAGUUUUACUCCAGUUUUGUUUGACGAUUGAAACAGGUUUUAUUUUCUUUAAUUUUCUUUAUUUAGAUUUGAAUAUUUUUUGGUUCAACUAUUCUGUUAUGUAUUAUUGAGAGUCGUGUCUAUAGUAUGACAUAAUAUAAUAUUAAUACUGUUUUUAUAGUUCUAAGUGCUGUUUGUUAACUAUUGGUUUACCGUCAUGGUAAACCCUACUCGUUGCUUUCAUAUUGUUUAAUAUUUGAAAUAAAUCCAUA